CAGCACUUUGAGAGACAUGUAUUCACGGUGAGUUUUAGGGUACACAGGUGCUGAUGUCCUUGGGUCGAGGAGAAAUGCUCCCAUCUCUGGGCUGUUGGCGAUCUUUGACAACGUGUUUAUGUCAUCGUCACUUAUGUCGAGCCGUGCCCUAAACCUCAACAGCAUUCUGACACAAUCAUAUCUUUCAAGUGUAACGCCCGUCGCAACUGCAUGGUAUCCCAUGGAGAUGCCAUUGUACACCGUUAGCGCCAGGGAGCGAUCAACCAGCAAAUUGUGUAACGUGCUCGGUCUAUCCGCUUCCACUAGGUAUUGCAGAACAUUGAAGCGUUCUAUUCGCUGUAUUGAGGCCAUGACAGAGCUAUCCUGGUGUACGAAAUUAACUAUCCAAGCUCCAAGUAGCUGUUCUGAAUUCGUAGGUUUGAGUGCCAAGGAUAGAAGACCACGAUCACUGUCUCCGAGCAAAGCCAUGUGCCAUGGACAACACUGUAGCAGGUCACUUCCUGGUCCGAGUCUUGACAAGGGAGGUCUAUCAUUGGGUACAAAAGUGCCUCUGGUACGUAUGGACUGCAGCAGAGACGGCUGGACAAUGUCCAUAGCUACGACAUUCGCGCCGGCCUGGCUGAGAUCGUCAACAAUGUCUAACUCUCCUGCGUAGCAAGCACAGUGCAGAGGCGUGCCAACCAUGCGACCUUGGCGAGAUACGUCGGCUCUAGCCUCAAGGAGGAGUCGGACCACGUGAGAACGGCCUUUGAGAGCAGCCAAAUGUAGGGGCGUGCCACGUUCCAGACUUUCUGCGUUCACGUCUGCGCCAGCUUCCAAGAUGGCGCAAACAGUGUCGUGAAAUCCACUCAAGGCUGCAUGGUGAAGGGCGGUCAGACCAUAUUCGUCAGCGUGAUCUAUCUCUGCGCCUAGGUGCAAUAAAUGCUUCACGCGAGGAGUUUGGCCCUCAGAAGCGGCGUUUAUCAGGGCUCCAUGCCGACCGUCUUCUCUCAAUGUCUCGUCAGAGCGCCGUUGCCGAAUGUUGUAGUAGUUCUCAUAAUCUGUAGCCGCUCAGUAAUGUACUGUCUGGAGAUGCGAUAGGCCCACGCACUAUUGAAAAUGUUGCCGUUAUGCUGCCUUGCUUGGUCUCUUGCGGAGUUUCUCGCAAAAGUGUUGCUGUCACCUACUUCUGGUCUGGAGUCCAUCACAAUUGAUGCAAAGUGCUCCAGAGCACGAUUUGACAUGGAAGCUGAAGUGCAAAACGCUGGCGGCUAGGCAAUGCUGGGCGCUGGGCGAAGGAUCGUGGCGUGCAUAAUUCUUGGCAGCAAUGCUGUGCAUUCAAGACAUAAUCUUGCUGCAGUUGGCACAACGAUCAUUGCGCGAGGACUGAUCUCCAUCCGUUGUUCUCGAACGAAAUGACCAACGCCGGCGCCGAGUAAUGCUUUGCGAUCAGAAAGUCUAAGAUAUGCCCAAUUUCGCAAAGAGCAUCGGAUUUCCUUCGACAGCCAGCCACGCGAUCCCAGCAUAGACUACUAGCUUCGUGAUUACUUCGACAUCAUAUC